GUAGCUCGUUGUCCGCUUCGCCUUUUGCGAAGCAACAACAAUUAUUUUGUCCCAACUGUCGCUCCGUAUCAUGAGAGGCGUUGACAAGCAGAGGAGACUGUUGUGGUGGAAAUGAUCCGCCUGUGAAGACAUUUUAUCCGGAUCAGACUGAAUACAAUCUGGUCUUUCGGCUGCAGGAGAAGCUCGUCGGAACAGAGGGAAGCGGCUGCAGACAGGAUGAGCUCUAAAGGAGGAGGAACGGCUCUGACCCGACGCAACUACAGACUGGCUUCAGAUACAGACAAACCCAGAGCCACAGGUAUUGUGAAUGAGAAACUGCUCAGUGACUACCUCCACCAUGUGUUUCCUUCCACCAAACCGGGACCAGCACUGGCCUCACUCAGGAAACCUCUUGGUUUCCAGGAUCUUGGUGCUCAUCUGGAGAGACUGUUGUCUGAGGACGAACCCAGUGAGGACUGCAGAGAUCAGCCUGUUGAAGGUCGUCUGGGUCCUCAGCCGGUCGUCCUGGAUCACACGAGCGGCUUCGAAGGACUCCUGUUUGUAGAUGAUGAUCUGCUGGGGGUCAUCGGCCACAGCAACUUCAGCUCCAUCAGAGCCACCACGUGUGUCUACAAAGGGAAGUGGGCCUACGAGGUUCUGAUCUCCUCUCAGGGUCUGAUGCAGAUCGGGUGGUGUACUCUGAACUGCCGCUUCAACCAGGAGGAGGGUGUUGGCGACACUCCAGACUCUUACGCUUACGACGGGAACAGAGUGCGAAAGUGGAACGUGACGACCACCAACUACGGGAAGUCGUGGGCGGCCGGAGACAUCGUGAGCUGUCUGGUGGACCUGGAUGAAGGAACCAUCACCUUCUGCCUGAACGGUCAGUCUCUGGGAACCGCCUUCACCAACAUUAAGAUGGGUCCCGGCGUAGCUUACUUUCCCGCCAUCAGCCUCUCCUUCAAAGAGUCGGUGGCUUUCAACUUUGGCAGCAGACCUCUGAGGUACCCUGUGGACGGCUACCUGCCCCUCCAGAACCCCCCCACCACAGACCUGCUGAAAGCCCACAAACUGCUGGGCUACAUGAAGAACGUCCUGUGCACUGCCAUCGACACACAGGAGGACCGGCUGCUGGAGAAAGACUGCUCACUGUGGAGGCUCCAUGGAGAACCAACAGUCCUCAUCACUCUGGCCCACAUCUUCAACCAGUUCGCUCCUCUGAUGUGUAAAGUGUACCUGGUGGAGGACGUGCUGAUGAACUUUCUGUUGGGGAUUCUGGAAGGAGGAGGUUCAGUUGAUGAACACCCACUGAUACAACAGCUCCUGGAUCUGUUCUGGCUGCUGAUGGAGGACUACGAAGUGAACGAGUGUCUGAAGCAGCUGAUGAUGUCCCUGCUGAGGGCCUACCGUUUCUCCCCCAUAAUCCCCGACCUGGGCUUCCAGAUCCACUACCUGCGUCUGACCACAGCCAUCCUGCAUCAUGAGAAGUCCAGGAAAUACCUGCUCAACAACGUCUUGUUUGAUGUUCUGCGUUCAGUCGUGUUUUUUUACAUCAAGACUCCUCUGAGAGUGAAGGAGGCGGGGCUAGAGGAGCUCAUCCCAACCACCUGGUGGCCCACGCACUUUGACAAGGAGGGGAAAGACGAGCGGGAGCCUGCAGAUGAGAGCGCUGAUGAGCGACUGAGGCGUCGAGCGUACGAGAGAGGCUGCCAGAGACUCAAGAAGAGGAUUGAAGUGGUGGAAGAGCUGCAGGUUCAGAUCCUGAAGUUGCUGCUCAAUAACAAAGAUAAAACUACGGGUGAAGCUUCUCGCUACAUUUUCCUCAACAAGUUCAGGAAGUUUCUCCAAGAAAACGCCAGCAACAGAGGGCAUCCUACAGCUCUCUGCCCUCCGGAGUACAUGGUGUGUUUCCUGCACCGCCUCAUAACAGCAGUGAGGGCCAGCUGGGACGAAGGCAACAGGAAGAGUCCAGGCAGCGUCAGCAGCGAAGAGGCCUACGUCCCUCCCCAGCUCUUCUACAACGGGAAGGUAGACUACUUUGACCUGCAGAGACUUGGGGGGCUCCUCUCCCACCUGAAGAAAACGCUCAAAGAUGAUUUGGCCAGUAAAGCCAACAUCAUCAUCGACCCCGCAGAGAUCCAGACCACAUCUAUGGAUGACCUGGACGAGGACGAGGAGAGCGGGGCAGCACAGAGGCCAUUUGGUGCAGCGGCGAUGGGCGGAGCUCUGGCGAGGCCCAGCUGGUUGAGUUCUCCCACUCUGGGUCGAGCCAAUCGUUUCCUGAGCACGGCCGCCGUCAGUCUCAUGACCCCCAGACGACCCCUCACACAGCCGGAGAAAGUGAAAGUUCGCACCCUCGCCGUGGAGCAGAGGACUGAGGAGGACAUCGAGGGAAGCCAUGGUAACGACGGCCUGUUGCUGGGGCGACCGCUGGAGGAGCCCGAUCAGCCAAUCGCAGACAAGUCCCUUCUGGAGAUUGUUGAUGGGAUCGUGAUGAUGUACAACCUGAGUGUUCAUCAGC